CAAGAGGUCUGGGCCGGGCAAGAUGGCGUCGGGAAGCGGAUCGAAAAAUGCAGACUUCCGUCGGAAGUGGGACAAAGAUGACUAUGAGAAACUUGCACAGAAGCGAAUUACAGAAGAAAGAGAAAAGAAAGAUGGCAAACCUGUACAACCCAUUAAAAGAGAAUUACUCCGACACAGAGACUAUAAGGUGGACCUGGAGUCCAAGCUGGGAAAGACCAUUGUCAUUACAAAGACCACUCCACAGUCUGAUAUGGGAGGCUACUAUUGCAAUGUUUGUGACUGUGUGGUGAAAGAUUCAAUCAACUUCUUGGACCAUAUCAAUGGCAAAAAACAUCAAAGGAACUUGGGAAUGUCCAUGAGAGUAGAACGCUCAACGCUGGAUCAAGUCAAGAAACGAUUUGAGGUUAAUAAGAAAAAAAUGGAAGAAAAGCAGAAGGACUACGACUUCGAAGAGCGCAUGAAAGAGCUCCGGGAAGAGGAAGAAAAAGCACGAGCAUAUAAGAAAGAGAAGCAGAGGGAGAAAAAGCGAAAAGCAGAAGAAGAUCUGGGAUUUGAAGAGGAUGAUGAAAUGGCUGCUGUCAUGGGUUUCUCAGGCUUUGGGUCAUCAAAAAAGGGUCACUAGUGUGACUCACCCCCAACCUGCAGAACCACGUGGGAAACUUUUUUUUUUUUUUUGGUUUUAUAUAUAUUUUUUUCAUAGGGAGGGAGGCAAAGAAACAACCUUAAAUUAGUUGGAAAUGACCCGUGUCCUCAGCAUCUUUGCCCCUGCAAACAGACUUUUAAAUAAAUCCAUUGCCACUCUCACGCCUGCUGAUUUUCAUUAUUGCCAUCCAUUGUGAGGAGGCUGGAGCCUAACACUUUUUUUAAAUUGUUUUUUUUUUUUACAAGAAACAAUGUCCCCCUGCCAUGUAAAUCUCCGAGCCGGCCCAUAAUAUUUUUCAGUGUGUGUUCCGGUGGCCUUCUGCUCGGUAUGUUUUUUUUUUUUUCUUUUUUUUGUGGUAAUAAACAUGAAUAAAAUCUUUGACUAUUUUAGUAAUGAGCAAUGAUAGCAAUUUGCCUGUGACAUAAGACAGUCUCAGUGUUAACUGUGCACAGUAGGGCAGCAUGAAGUAGAGUCCUGCAGCGGGUCGGUUACCCGCAAAAACCUGUGGUACGUUGCGGUUAGAAGUUCCAGGUGCGGGUAUAGACACGGGUCAGGCUGCGGGUCUUCUCAAUAGUGGGUUUUACUCCUUUUUUCUGAUCACGACUACUUCCGAUGACGUCACUUCCUGUUUUCAAUGACAGCACUUCCUGAUUCUUGAUGGUCAGUGGGUCUGGGUUGUGGAUGAGGUACUUGCGGGUCCAAUCGGGUAAGAAUGUGGGUCCAGGUUGCAGGUACGGGUUCCAAAAAUGGACCUGCGUAGGACUCUAGCAUGAAGCACCUAGGUGGAAAAAAAAAUAAAUUUUUUGUCUGUUUAUGAUUCUUCAAGGUUCCUGAAAUAUUGACAGGCUUUUCAGUUGAACAUGUUUGCCUAGUAUCUCUAAUGGAUUCAAUAUAUACACAUAUAUAUAUACUGUAUAUAUAUCCUGUUUACAUUUGCUCUAGCACCGUGGGGAACUGAGAAGCCUUAAAUGCAGUCUGUUGGGUUUCUAAUGCAUUAAAAGGAAAUGACAAGUCAGAAUGGAAAGAUGUUUAUUUCUUCCCAACAAGAGAAACGCACACGGCCCACUGGAACGUUCUUACCUCCGGUGCAUCGAGAGGGAAGUAAUAGGAAUUAACUCCAGUGCUACCGGCCAGCAAAUAUCAACCAGAGCUUCACAACUAAAGGCCUCACUCACUUUGUUGUAUAUUUUAGUGAUUAAAGGGGUCCUCCACCCAAAAAACAGCAAUUUGUUUGCCAAAUGAAAGAAAUGUGCACAAAUACGUUUUCAGUGUUUUUAAAGUAUCUCUAAGUGUAAUUGCAGGUGAAAGCAGGGUUUGUUUAGCUUUUCUGUGCUGCGGGCCGUACUCUGUAAGGGGAUUUAACCCCAAAAAAUAAAUACAUGAAUGUAAA